UAUCUUAUUUUGUCAAUGCUUUCUCUGAUUUGUCACCUUAUCUGUUCCUCAAUUAGACAACAUUGUUUGGGAUUGAAGGAUUAGAGGCAUGAAUAUACUCACUGUGGGAGAGACUAAAAGGUAAAAUUGUAUUCAGGUUCCUAGGAUUCAUAGCCACUAUGCCUCAAGAUUACCUCAAGAUCUCCAUGCCAAGAUCCAGGUCAGAAACUUGUAUCUCCCAGCCUCAAGAUCAGGAUCACAGGUGAGUCUUCCAAUUCUAGAUUGAAGUUCUUUGCAGACACAGUCAAGCUGACAAACCAGGAAUAGCCACCACAACAACAUACACUCCAUGUUAGGCCUGACUUCAAAAGGAAAGUCAUCAGGCCUAAUAAUUGACCAUAACAUGCCCCCACACCUCCAAGUCAUUAGUCCCAGGAACUAGGCCAUAAUCACCAGCUCCAGAAACAAGACCAUAAAAUUCACCAUCCUAAGAACAAUCUGGAGAUAACCACAAGGAUGGGGAAAUAUUUUAGGAUGGGCAAUCUGUGCUGGGCAGCCUUAAAUGGCUUGAGUAUUUCAUCCUAUGGUUAAAUGUUCAUGACACUGGAAUGCAGUCCACUGAGCACCUGAACACAAGCCCCUCAAAAACGAACCCAUGUAAUAUCCUUGGCACCCACCAAUAAAGUUUUAAAUUUCCUAACCCUAGCUAAAAUUCCCCUAGUUCCCUACGAAAAGGCCUGCACGCCUUUUGGGGGGUGGGAGGGGUGUCACCAUUUUUGUAAAUGAUUGAACCCUGUAUGCAGUCUUCUUGAUUUCUCGAAAGUAAAAAUAUUCUCCCCAAAUGCAUAUGUUAGUGUUUGUCUCUAUGCCCUGCUUUCAGACAGUUAUGAGCUGCUUGAUGUGGGUGCUGGGAACCUGGGCCUUCUGCAAGAUUUUGUUUGUUGGUUUUUAUUUUCUUUUUGGUUUGUUGAGAUAAGAGUCUCUGGCUAUCCCAGUGCUCACUAUGUAGACCAGGCUGACCUCUAACUCACUGUGAAUGCCCUCUGCUUCCAGAGUGCUGGUGUGCUACCAUUCCUGGUUCCUUAAGGUUGUUUUUGAUGUUACUAAAGUGGAAUAACUUUCUUAGUUUCUGACUUAAUUAUAUAGAAAUACAUUUGGGUUUUUUUUUUUUUCUUUUAAAAAAAUUUUUUUUUCAACAAUGUCUUGCUCUAUAGCCCAGACUAUCCUCAAGCCGUAACUUCCUGAUUUUUCUCUUUAGAGUGGUAGGAAUAAAGGCAUGUUACCAAACCUGCUUUACUUACUUACGUUUGAGACAGAAUGUCAUGUCACCAAGGCUGACCUUAGUAGAGAAUGCUCUUCCUGCCUCUACAUUCCCCCGGUAGAAUUAUAGACGUGUGCUCUCAUACUUGUCUUCAAACUUAGUUUUUAACUAAUUUAUAUAGAGGGUGCUUUCUCUACAAAUAUGUAACUGAAAGGUAACUUUCAUUCACUGUAGAUGUCUUAAUUAUUUGUAACUGCCAUACCUAGCAAGUGCUGAGUAGAAGUGGCAAGACUGGGCAUCCUGUGCUCUUUUCUCUUUCAGGAAAAAGUCACUUGGAGCAUUACAUAUGAGUAUUUUAAUUUUUUUUUUCUUUUUUUUCGGAGCUGGGGACCGAACCCAGAGCCUUGCGCUCGCUAGGCAAGCGCUCUACCGCUGAGCUAAAUCCCCAACCCCUUAAUUUUUGUAGUUUUGUAACCCUCAGCAAUUCUCAGAUAGAUUUUGUGCUUGUGGUAACAACAGUGGUGUAAGUACCAGCGUUUCUGAAUUCCUGCCCUCUUUACACAGGACAAUCAUACAGCGAUAUGAUUAAUGAACAUCUUUAUUCCUCACCCAGGGAUUUUAUUGAGCCUGGUAUCAAUGUAUAACCCAGAGUCCCCGUAUCAUUUAUGGCAAAAACCUGGUCUGGUCAAAUAGAGCUAUGUAGUAAGACCCUAUCUCAAAAUACACAGAGGUUUUUGGUUUUGUUUUUCAGCUGACCGUAUUAGCAUAAGCCAGUAAUACCAGGCCUCUUAGACUGAGGCCAGUAGGUCAUAAAUACGAAGUCAGCCUCUUCUGUGUAAUGAGUUCUAAGCCAGCUUGUGGUGGGCAUCAUGACUGAAAUUUACUGUUCACUAUGCUGCCAAAGACUAACUGCUAUAAAUCCUGACAAGUCUGUAUUUACAUUCUAUAUUACUGACCUGGAUCAGCAGGUAGGCAGGUUACUGAGAGGAGGGAGGAUGAGGAGAUGAGAAGUAAAGAAGACAGGAAAGCUAAGGUUUAUGCUAAGCAAGUUUAUUAAGAACAACAUCUUAGGAUUUACAGGGGGAAAAUGGGAAACAGUCGUUUGGAAGCUAGUCAAGCAUUGGUGCACACAGAAACACAGGAUAUCGUAAAUGCAUCACAGGCUGAGCACCCAACAAGUUUGAGAGACUGAUAACUCCAGUCUUCUUCAGGGGGAAAAGUCAUGUUCCCAGGAACUGAAACCUUAACUCCAUUGAGGCCCUGGCUCUAACCUGGACCAGACUUUUAUCAAAUCUGCCUCUGGGCCAGGAUAUAGAACUAAAACUAGUUCCCUUUGUAUUUUCAUCAGGACUUCUGGCACAGAACAUAUAUUAGUGGACAAAUACUGUGAUGAGGGUAGCCCAAAUUAGUAACUGAGUGAUUAAAGCAAUUCUGCUUAGUUGGCUGCAGACUUUUUCUUUUCUUUUUUUUUCUUUUUUUUUUUUUUUUUUUUUUUUUACCUCCUGAGACAUUUCAUCAUUUCAAGUUCUGCAAAUCUUAUAAAGUUAUCAUGGAAAUCCUGGGGUUAUUCUUGUCACUCAUUAGCUGCUCCAAGUUCUUCUUGCUGAUAACCAAACCCUUGGUAACCUAGUAAUGAAUGGAAAUAAUCAACUCUGCUUGAUUAGUCAUGGUUUCCCGUGGUCUCCUGAUGCAAAGAAAGUACCCUGUAUGACUUCUGGAUUGCAGUGUGACUCUGAACAGAUGGCAGGGUCUGUCAUACCCUGUUUAUUGUGCUGACAAGAAGAUGGACCAUUGGCCCUUUCCAUCAUUAACUCCAUCAUUAACUCCAGCCUUCAGUUUGUAAGGUCUAGGCUUUCCUUCCCAGGUUCACAAAAAGCCUGUGUUGAAGUUCUUGUAAACAGUUAACUGAGCAGGAUUUGAAUUAACUAGCAAAGAUGCUGGAGUGUGGCCCGUGUGACCUAUAAAUAACAGGGAAACUAUCCCAUCAAGGUAUCUCUUUGAAACCAUUUGGGCCUAUUAACAGGAAUUAUUUAGUUCUUCAUAAGGAGGUCUGUCUACCCCAAGAGGCACAAUCGGCUUGUUCCUCAUAAGGAAUGAUACUUAAAAUUUUUGUAUGUCUAACUCAGUUUUGUAUUUCAUUAGAGUCAGUGUGUCUGCCUGCCUGUCUCUCGUAUGUUUGAUAAAGGGUAACUCAGGGUGGCUCUGAACUUUGAUUCUCCUGUCUCCAUCUCCCAAGGUCUGAGAUUACAUGUGGUAAGUCUUGCAGGAGUGUUUCUUAUGCUUCCCUACAGCAUGUUAACUUAUUAUGUAUACUUGGAGGUAGUUGUUAGGACCUUAUAGAUAUUUAAGACCAUCAGCUUAUUAGCCAUCCAUGGUGGUGUAUGCCUUUGAUCCCAGCACCUUAGGGAGGAUUCUACCACUUGGAUAAGAGUAUUUCUUUGAGUUUGAGACUGGCCUCAGCUACAGAAUGAGACCCUCUUUCAAAAGAAAGUAGUUCUUUCAGGGAUAGAAAGAUGGCUCAGCAGUUAAGGGCAGUUGCUGCACGUCUGGAGGACCUGAGUUUGGUUUCCAGCAUCCAUAUUGAACAGCUCUGCACCUCUAACUGAAGGGGCUCUCACAUCUCCCUCUGACCUGAGGCCCCCUGCACAUGUAUUGCAUAGGCACAAACACAAAUAAUAUAUAUCUGUUUAAAAUAGUCUUUACCUCUCUAGUGGUAAUAAAUUGGGAUAAAUACUAAAACAAGACACUGGGCAGAAUUCCAAGAAUGAUAUUUUACUUCUGUAUAUGUUCUCUGCAAAGUUUAAUUCCAGUGAUGGGGUAGGAGUAUAGUCAUAAUGGGUAGGUACAACACUGAGUAAAACUACAGCGCCUUGUAUAUAUGUAGUCUGUUGUUAGCUGAGAUGUUGUCUAGUCUGUGACAUUAAGUUAUCUGAUUGAGUGGCCCAUGCUUCUGAAUAGAAUUUGUAUUGUAGUUGAAUUCUUUUUUUAAAAAAAAAGCGAACUAACAGUUGCCAUAGUGAUUUACUAUUAUUAAUGACUGCUCCAGCUUAGGUCACUGCUUGCAUACCUUGUGAGAACUGUGGAAGUGCUAAACUCAGAACCACAAGAAUCAGACUUACACAGCCACAGGUUGUUCUUCUGCCUCCCUAGUUCCUGUUGACAGGACCUUACAACCUUCCUCUUCAUCCAGGUAUAAGAAUGGCCCACUUCCAAGCUGGCUUUUCAGUAGCCCAUGUUUUGACUGAUUAAUAGAAUCUUUACCUCCUUUUCUGAACUAUUGUGGAACCAUGCCUCCUGUGUUUGACCAUUGAGCUACUGGCGCCACCGGGGUACUAAGAGCUGUACAUAGUCCUGGGGGAUUUAACAAAAGUCACAGACUCGGGUUAUUUGUCAAGAGAGAAUGCCAAAGCUUUACUGAGGUUCACACAAUAUGUACACCAAGUCCACCGGAAAACCCGGGAAGCACAGUGGAAAAACAAGUUUACGGUCUCAGGAUAAAAACAGGAACAUGGAAAUGACUCAAGACCUUGUCGUUUGGUGGUUUUAACCAUAGCUGCUACAUUGUGUGCUACAAUACAGCCUUGGCCAAUUGCUAGCGGAGCAACUCAUCCCACAGGUGUUGGGGCUGGGCCCAACAAUUGAGUCUCGUUCUCAGCUCUAGGUCUAAAACUCCUUGAGGUACCAAAAUCAGAUGAUGCUUACAUUUGUAUUUUGUAAGUUCGGCUUAUUCUCCUGGGUACCUCACAUCAUUUCUAGGUUAUUUAAAAUGGCUUAAUACAAAGUAAGUACUAUGUAGACUGUUGUUAUGCAGUAGUGUUCAGGGAUUAGAAACAUGACAGAAUGAGCACCAACACGGUUUAUCUUGUUUUUAAUCUUUGAUUAAACUUACAGUUUGUAUAUGAUUGUAUUUUAUUGUCUGAUUAUGACCAAGUUAAUGCAGAUAAAUUAACCAAGUGCCACUGCCAGUAGAGAGCUGCUUGACUUUGUUAAUAAGGGUUCAGCACAAUUAUUUCUUGUUCUCUGUUCCUGUUUUUCUUGACAGGAUCUUGCUGUGUAGGCAAAGCUGGCCCCAAAACUGUGACCCUCUUUCUCCAACCUCUGAUGCUGGGAUUACAGGUGUGCACUGCUUUGACCACCUGUAGUGUUGGAAUAUACACAUUUCUGAAAGAUUUAUGACAUUCAAAACCACAGACUUUACAAUACUGCUAAGCCAGAUCAACUAUGAGUUGGAAUGCAAAACCAGAGAAUGCUGUUGCCAAACCCCCAAAGUUUUCUAAAACGCAGUCAUCUAUAUUACAACAGUUUUUAAUGACUUCUACAACUUCUCAAAGUUCUUUUAGCUAUCCUGCCCAUAACCAAGAAGCAUGCAUGUAUUCCAGUAACUCAAAUUCAGUUUCCCAGCCACUUCUGAGCGGCAGAAAUUAUAUGACUCCUCAGACUCAGAUCUCUGUUUCUAACAUGCCUAGUAGGACAAUUGUGACCUCACAGUCUUCAAUGGAAGGAGUUGUAUGUACAAAUGUUAAAGGGCCCCAACAACCAAACCACAAUUUGCAGACAGUGUCUUCAGGAGUUAUGCAGAAUGUCUGGUUUGGCUCAUCCGUGAAGAAUUUUAUGCCUUCCCAUACAGAAGCAACCAUAUCCCAUAAUCCUGAUGGAAGGACUAAUAUGCCUUACAUGCAAACACCACAGAGUCAGCUCGUCACAUCAGAUACCUAUUCUAUGCAACUGCAAAUGGUUCCUUUUAAUUCUGGAAAAGUUCCUGUAGCGUAUCAAGGAAAUCAGGGACUCAAUCACUUCAUACCAGAUCAGCUGGCUGACUGGACACAGUAUACAUCCAGUGAACUAACUUAUCCAGAAUACAGGCCACCUCUGAAGCAAUACUCCCGCAUACUGCCAGCCACUACAUCAUUACAAGUUAAAAAUAAUCCGCUUCCAACUUACACACAGGCCUUACAGUCAAAGCAUUCUGCACCUUUGUCUUCACAUCCAUAUGCUGCAGAAACCAGCAAAAGACUCUCUGCCCUUCCUUACAGCUGUAGAUAUGGAAGCCAACAUGUACAAAAUACUCAGCCUGUUUCUAAACACUUGCCUAUGGAAGUCCCUCAGAGUCCAGAAGUGCACUCAUCUGAAAAAAAGCAAGAUUCUUACAGAGGCUUUAAACAGCAGUGGCAGAACCCCAAUGAAUCAUUCACCAUUGGAAAAUUCUCUGAUUUGAAAAUAAAUGCCAAGCAGUCUUAUAGUGACACUGUUAGAUCUUCUGGGGAUGGUGUUCAGGCGCUUGUUCAAAAUAAUCAAGAGAAAAGAAAAUAUCCCUACAGUCCAAGUACAAAUCAAGUAAUAGACACAAAUGCCACAAAAGAAAAACUGGCGAGGGAUAUUAAAUCACUAGUAGAAAUAAAAAAGAAGUUUACAGAACUUGCAAGAAAAAUUAAAAUUAAUAAAAGUCUUUUGAUGGCAGCUGGUUGUAGUAAAACAGCCAAUACUUCUUAUACUGAACCAAUUCAGCAUUCUGAAUUUUCAGCAAAAGAAAUGUCUGCUAAAAAUGGCAACGACUGCUCCAUGGAAUUGCUAGCAACAUGCCUUUCUCUUUGGAAAAACCAACCUCCAAAAACCACAGAAGAAAAUGUCCCAAAACCUUUAGAAGAAAAACAGUGUAACACCUCACGAAUCAGUACAACGGUAGUUGGCAGUUCACAUCCCACAAACGAAGUUCACGUUAAGAGUUUUUGUUCUGGUGUUGGGAAUUCUCAGAAACUGCUGAGCUCAUCACAAACAAUAUUGUCAGUUCUCACUCCGAGUGGUGAGUCUUCAGGUGUAGCUGUUGGAAAAGGAACAGAGCUUCAGAUUGCUGUGGUGUCACCUUUAGUUCUUGCAGAUACUAAUCCCUUACCUGGAAAAGAGUUAGCGCCUGAAGUUUUACCAGAACCGCCGUAUCCAGUUGUUAAGGAAGGUAGUAUUUGUAGCUUACAACACCAACAGGCAGAAACUGCUGCUUUACCUUUUCACAUUACAGGAGUAGUAGCAGAUAGUAACCUGUCAGUGGAGAUGUCUCUGCCUGCUCAAAAGGAAAAGCAGCAUAAACCAACACAGGGUGAUCCAGACAUAGCUGAUCAUGGUUUAGGAAAACUUUCUCCCCUGGGUACCGAAGCUGUGCCUAACUCUGUGGAUAGCACCACAGUGAGUGGACCCAUGUUACAGAUUGAAAGUAUCUGUUCUCUUGCAGAAGGGGAUGUAUCUUACAAUUCCCAGAUAGCAGAGAUAUUCAACUCUGUACAAAAUGAGCCCGAGAAACCUUCACCUAAUCAGGUAAUUAAUAAUCAACAAGAACAAGUAGAUGGCACCACUGAAAAUAAAGACUUUAGCCUUCAGAAAGAUAAGAAGUAUAUACGGUAUACAUAUGUUCCUCGUGAGAUCACUGAGCAGCCAGAGGUGCUGCAGCCUGAAGAGCCAGCAUCUUGUGAGUACGUGGAAGCAAACACAGAAACCAUAGAGGAAAGCGGUAGGGAAUGCAGUGGUGGAAAAGAAAGCACAGCUGAGGAUGUCUGUUCACCGGCUGGUUUUCAGCAGGAUCCUCACCCUCAGGAAACUGAUAGUUUAAGCAAUAAGUCAGCCCACUGUCUGCCUGCAGUAAACGAGAUUAAUGAUGAAAGUGAACCUGUCUCAUACCUACAUGACCAGCUGUCAGAACUUUUAAAAGAGUUCCCUUAUGGCAUUGAAACUGUUAGCAGGCAUGAAGUGUCUGUGGACCAAAAAAAGACACACAAAAUCUUAGAAAAUGAAACUGGCGAUAAGACUAGUAACGUGUUUGGGGAUAGCACAGACCAAAUAAAAAUUACAGUGUUAAACUCUGAACAAAUCAAAGAACUGUUUCCCGAAGAGGAUCAGCCCUGUGACUUAGACAAGUUGGCAGAACCUGAGGGGAAAAAUGUUGCAGAAGUGAAGAGCCCAUGUGACUCACAGGUCCCCAGAGAAGAAAGCCAUGACUUUGGAAUGUUGGACCCAGAGAAAGACAAAAUCCAUUGCUGUGCCUUGGGUUGGCUCUCAAUGGUUUAUGAGGGUGUGCCAAAGUGUCAUUGCAGUUCCAAUGAAGAGAAGGGGAAAGACCAGUGUUUGGAUAUGAACAGCUGCAAACAAGGAGAGCAGCCCUGUAAUAAUGGAAUCACUAUUUUUGAAAUUAAUCCUGUUUCUAAUAACCCCAAAACUCCUCUGACCCAAGCAGCUGAGAAAGGCCAUUUUUCUGAAAUGCAUGGUGAUAAGACCAAAGGAUCUAAAACAAAAGACAGCAGAGAGGAACAGCAACAUUUUUCAGCUAAAUGUUACAAAAAAGAUAAAGAUAAUUUAAAAAUGAGACAUGAUAGCUCACUGAAAAUGGAGCAAAAACUAAAAAAUACUUCAUCUGAAUGUGACAGACUAAAUCCCUCAAAAAGCAGUAAAAUAGCAACCCCCGAAAUACUUCAUGUAAAAACUUCCAAUUCUGAUAAAAAUAUGUCAUUUUUUAAACAAGCUUCUCAGGAAAGCCUACAGAGAAAACCCACUUCCCAAGAUUCGAAUCCAGUAAAAGCACCUGUAGAACUUCCUUCAAAUACAGAUCCAUGCAGGAGGAACACCUCAUUGGUACAGUUUGUGUCACCAGAAAAGAAAAAACUAAAAUUCAAAGCAGGUGGCUCCAGACUGAAAUAUUUUGAAAAAAGAAAGACAGACAACAUGAUUAUACCAGAUGUGGAGAUAAAAAAGAAGAAAUAUGAAAAGCAAGAGCAGAACAAAAACGCUGGAGAGACACUCAAAUUGUGCAGUGCUCUGAGGGAAUCCAAUGAAAGAGCCAGUGUUCAAGAGAACGCUAUCCCAAGUCCUGAGUCCUCAGACUCUAAGGGCAGCUCCUUGAAGAGUACUAGAGUUAUAACAGUGCAGGAGUAUUUACAACGGCGGAAAGACAAACAUGUAACUGGGAGUGACGCUUCCGGAAACAUUUGUGUAGAAAAUGUGUUGUGUAACUCUGAACACAUGAAGACCAGCAAGGAUUCUGCAGAAAUAAGCUGGGAAAAGUCAGCUGACGGGCAGAGCAUCCGUGCAGAGACCUCAAAAGAACCAGGACAUAAUUCUACCAUCCAUGGUAAAGCUUUCAAGAUCCACCAUUCUGAAGUGUCUAGAACACACAGUGUGUCAAGUAAUAGUAAAGGGAAGCAGCCUGACAAAAUCUAUAAGGCCCGUACGAGUAAUGAGCACAGCCAGGUGCCUCUUCAGGUAAAGGAACAAAGGAAACAGUACUUGAAUCGAGUUGCAUUUAAAUGCACGGAACGGGAAAGCAUAUGUCUCACAAAGUUGGACAGUGCAUCCAAGAAGCUUAGUACAGAGAAAAAGGAGAGUGAGGCACAUACACUCAAGACAAAAAACAUAGACAAACCUAGUAUGCUAGAGUUUAAAUUAUGUCCAGACGUACUAUUGAAGAACACAAGCUCUGUUGACAAGCAGGAUGAGCCUGAGCCUAAGAAAGAGAAAGCACCUGUGCAAGUUUCAGGAAUAAAAAGUACAAAAGAAGACUGGUUAAAGUGCAUCCCUACAAGGACAAAGAUGCCUGAAUCAAGCCAAGAAAUAGAUAGUGCUGGCUCAAGACUUUCUAAGAGAAGCUUCAGCGCAGAUGAAUUUGAAACACUACAAAACCCAGUAAAAGACUCAAAUGUCAUGUUCCGGACCUACAAAAAGAUGUACCUUGAGAAGAGAAGCAGAAGCCUCGGGAGUAGUCCAGUUAAAUAGUCACAUGAGGGUAGCGGUUUUUGUUUUUACCACCAGGACAUCUCUAGUUUUUGCUUUUAAGGCUCGCUUGCUGAAAAUAACUCAGGACUGCCGUUUGGAUUUCUCAGCUAAGGAAUUCAGUUACAGCUCAUGUUAUAUUUUUCACUGAUAACCGUGUGGAUUAGCUGUUGGUGUGCAGGCAAAAGAAUGAUUGCGUUUGUCUGGGAACUACAAAGUGUGUGAUCUGCGUUAUUGAACUACGUUUACUGUUUUAAGUCUUGCUGGCACUGUGGUGCACACCUGUGACCCUAACAUUUGACGCCUGGAGACAAGGAUCAAGAAUUGAAGGUCAUUCUCAGCAACAUAGUAAGUCCAGUGACCUCUCUAAAAGCAAAGCAACAGCAACCAGAAAGAAUAUGAAGGUGGCUUGCACAAACCUUACUUUUAAAUGCUGUUGUCCCGAGGUAACUUCAUUCACCAAGAACUUGGUUAUUUGACUGAGGCUGUAAAUAGAUUCUUGUUUCUAAGCACAUUAGCAAAAUUUAUUUUUCAGAAAGUGCCCACUGUGAAUGGCAAAGCAUAUUACUAAAUAUUUUGUACCUCAUUGUAAAGGUUUUUUUUUUUUUUUCAGAAAUCUUGUUUUAUACUUUUGUUAAACUGAAUGGAGUUUUUGGAAGAUGUCUUUACUUUACUUUUCAUACUUGAAAUAAACAUUUAUUUUUUAAAGAA